AUGGCACCUGUCCCGACGUCUAUCAUCGUCGCCGAUGCGCGGUCCGGUCGCAAGGAUGCGAAGGGGGACGCCAAGAAUCUCGAAGAGAAUGUCGACCGUCUCGGAAAGGCGCUCGCCCACACCAACAACAUGAUCAAGGAAAUGGACAAGAGGCUCACCCUUGUUGAGCACAAUCGGAAUUUUAUGCAAGCGUUCGCUUUGCAGUCCGCCGUCAAAAUAAUGAAGGCCAUUUACAGCGGCGACACGAGCGACAGGGAGGAAGCAAAAAAAUUUAUUAGAGACGGGGAGGAGCUCAUGGGAUGUAUGGAGCGUGGGGGGGAAAGGUGUGUGUGGGGGGGGUGAAGUGUAAGUUAUAGAGUUCGACUCUAAGUGGCAUAUAUGCUGACCGUGGUUGA